GCGCUCUCUGCGCUCUCGCCGCUCACUCUCCUUCUUUCCUUUUCGCCUCUUUCUCUCCCUCGCCUUUCCUGUCCCUUCUUUUGCUCUUUCUUCCCCGCUGCUCGGUCCCGGCCCUCUCCAAGCUUUCACCUUCUGUGGGUCGGAAGGGCUUCGCACGUCCUCCCCCCCACUGCCCCCCACCACCACCCGGUCACUCACCUUCCUCCUCUCUCCCCCUUCCUCCACUUCUCCCUGCCCGCCUCCACCUCCCCGCUCCUGCAAGUUUAGAGUAGGAGAGAAAUGCUGAAGCUAGUACGGGACCACAUUGAGGAGGGGGCAAAAAUCACCGGCACACCGGAGUGCCCCCCCUUCGCUCGCAAGCCCCGAGCUAGAGUGCACUUGGGGCCGCGAACGCUGUCAGGUACCCGAUUUGGGGGCGAGCGAGUCACCAGCAAGAUCGCCAAAGCCUUCCCCCUGGAGGAGGCUUUGGUGUUGUUCCCAAAGCCGGGGGACUGGCUGGUGGGGCGAGCAGAGGAAAUCCCCACCACACGCCACCACCGAGGGCGAUGUUGUGCGGGAGGCUGGAGCGCUGUGUCCCCGACGGCUGGGAAGGACCAGUGCACACGGGCUGCCCCCGUCACCCUGCGCUGUCCAGAGACCCGUGGAUUCCUCGAGGCCCGUCGGGGGCGCCCCUCGGCCCAGAGCAUUUGGGCAGGGUGGGACCCAGGUCCAGUCCCCAGUCCCCGGCUGGGCGCUGCCCCAGGAGCCGCAGAGAGCGAUGGCACUCACAAGGCGCAGUUGAGUGCACCCACUCGAGGGGUUCCCUUUGCGGACUCACCCCCGAGAGCACUUAAGUGCGCACCCACUUUGGCUCUGGUCCAUUGCCACUCACACGGAAACUCCUACGCAAACAGCACACACAUCCGCGCCUACACUCAGCUUUACAAACACGCUUCCACACGCGCGCACACACAAACACGCACUCACGUACACUUUCCCUCACAAAUGUACUCGUAUACACGGCCAUACCAAGCACAUUUACACAGACACACAACCGCAAACACACAUACAGCGCUGUGCAACCCCCAAUACACUAAUAAACAGGAAACAUUCCCCUGGGCAUUAAAUCCUCACGUUCACGUACAUAUACAAACACAUACCCUACGCCCCCCUCCCUUUCACACCCAGAAGCCGCCCCCCGCUCGUGAUUUGCUGCACCCUCAGUCCCAAAUCAUAAUCGGCGCCCGCACAGCACGGGUUGGACACACACACUCGCGCGCAAGCAAGCCUCUCCUCCCAGCACAGGCGGGGGAGGCUUCGGCCCCGCGCCGGUUUCGGAUUCCAGGUGUGGCUGGUACUCCGCGCUCCGUGUUUUGCAGUCCGCCGCGGUGUCGGAGGCGAGGCGAGGAAGGGAGCUGGAAUAACAAAGGCUCUCGGGGCCAGAGAGGGGCUUCUGAGGUCAUCUAAGCCUGAGCCCCUCAGUGCCAUUCGUCUCAGGAGGUGACAAUCUCUGCUUGCAUCCUUCUGGGGAUGGGGAGCUCGCUCCCGUGCGUGGCAGACAACUGCUCAGUGGUGUGCUGGCUAUUUGUGUACUCGGCUUAUCUCGCUGCCAGACUGAGAGGCAGCGGGCUUGCUGAAAGAUCAUGGACUUUGGAGCCCUCGCGACCCGGCCCUGAAUCCCAACCUGGCCACUUACGGCUGUGAGCCCUAGGGAAUCUCGUACUACCUAUCGGAGCCUCAGUUUCCUUAUCUGCAAAGUGGGGCCGGUGAUGACUACUUCCAAGGUGGUUUGACCAUUGCAUGAGAUUAGAAAUGCGACUCCCCUUUCCUGUUCCUAUCUGGGACUCCCAUCCUCUGGGGGACAGAGAUUCUGUCCAGUGCCUCUUUGUGUCCUGGUGGUCACAGUGUAAAUAUUAACAACAAUGGUAAACAUAUAGCGA